AUGGCUCCCAAGAAGAAGGUAGAAGAAGUGAAAAAGGUCAAAUUUGGUCGACCUGGGAACACCCUUCGUAUGGGUCUCGUCGGACUGCCGAAUGUUGGCAAAUCUACGACUUUCAACGUCCUCACUAAGUGUUCGAUCCCAGCUGAAAACUUCCCCUUCUGCACCAUCGACCCUCAUGAGGCUGUUGUCAAUGUCCCUGAUGAUAGGAUGGAUUGGUUAUCUGCUACUUUCAAGCCCAAGAGCACCAUCGCGGCCGUCUUGCGAAUUUGGGAUAUCGCUGGCCUCGUGCCCAAUGCCCACGAGGGGGAGGGUCUCGGAAAUGCCUUCUUGUCGAACAUCCAGUCCGUUGAUGGCAUUUAUCAUGUAUGCAGAGCUUUCACUGACGAUGAUAUCGUUCAUACGGAAGGAGAGGUUGACCCCGUUCGGGAUCUGCAGAUUAUUCAGUCAGAGCUCAUCUUCAAGGAUCUGGCCCACGCCACGAGUCGUGCGGCCGAGUACGCUAAGAAAGCUGAACAGAAUAAGAAAAUGAAGGAGCUCAAGGAGGAAUAUGAUGCUCUCGUGAAGUGCCAGCAGAUAUUAGAAAGUGGCAAGCCUCUGAGACUCUGUCCCGACUGGACUUCCAAGGAAGUGGAAAUUGUCAACAAGUAUCAGUUCUUGACCACCAAGCCAACUGUGUAUCUCGUCAAUAUGAGCGAGAGGGACUUCGUGCGUCAGAAGAACAAGUGGUUACCCAAGAUCAAGGAGUGGGUUGACGCCAAUGGUGGUGGCCCUAUUAUUCCAUAUUCUGCUGCCUUUGAGAUGGAGUACCAAGAAUGUGGUGACUCGGAGGAGGAUAAGAAAGCCUACCUUGAGAAAACUGGUGCCAAGAAAUCUAUGAUCGAUAAGAUCAUUAAGACUGGGUACGACUAUUUGGAUCUUAUUCACUUCUUCACCUGCGGCCCCGAUGAAGUCCGGUGUUGGACUAUCCAGAAGGGCACUAAGGCUCCUCAAGCCGCCGGAGUUAUUCACACUGAUAUGGAGCGUGGAUUCAUUUGUGCUGAGACCUACCGGUAUGAAGACAUUCGGGAACUCGGCGAUGAGAAUGCCGUGAAAGCAGCGGGUAAGUUGCAUCAGAAUGGGAAGAACUAUGAAGUUCUCGACGGCGAUAUCUGCUUCUUCAAGUUUAACGUCAGUAAGGGCAAGUAG